AUGUUAUUUGGGGGGUCAAUUAUGAAAAGUUUAUUAUCAGUAUUUAAUUGGCCUAUUGAUUGGAUUUCAUUUGCUUUUCUUCUUUUUAAUUUUGGUAUUCUUGGAGUUGUCUCAAUUUUUUAUAUUUCUCCAAUGAAAUUGAACCAGUUUUAUAUGAUUAUUAUCAGCGUUUUCAUGGCUUCUUUCUUUACAAAUCUCCCUGAAUGGACUACAUGGACUUUACUUAUUGGAAUGGCAUGUUAUGAUUUAGUUGCUGUAUUAUGUCCUAAAGGACCAUUAAGAAUUCUUGUUAAUUUAGCUCAAGAACGAAAUGAACCAAUUCCAGCACUUGUUUAUUCUACAGCAGUAUGGAUGGGGUUGGCGUCUCCAGAUGAUUCUAAGAAUGAAAUUAUAAAUGUUGAUUCAAACCCAUUCACUCUAUCAUCUACACAUGGAAAAGGAGUAAAGUUAGGCUUAGGUGAUUUUGUGUUCUAUAGUGUGUUAGUUGGAAGGUGUGCAAUGUACGACUUGACAAUUGUAUUUAGUGGAUCAGUUGCAGUAUUAUCUGGAUUAUUUGGUACUCUCAUUUUAUUGGUUGUUUUUAAUAAAGCUCUUCCUGCUUUACCAAUUUCUAUUUUCUUUGGUACUUUAAUCUAUUGUGUAUCAAGAUGGGCAAUAGUUCCAUUAGUUACAACUGCUAAUUUAUAUGGUUAUGUGGCUUAA